CGGCCCGCCGAGGCGGCGGCGGCGGGCAGCCCUCGUCCUCCGGCGGGACGAUGACCCAACGCCGGGAGAAGCGUCCCACCGCGCCGCUGGACGAGGAGCUGGAGGCGCUCGGGUGGUACCAUGACAAUCUUACCCGGCACGCAGCAGAAGCACUGCUGCUUUCCAACGGGCAGGAUGGAAGCUAUCUCUUGAGGAAGAGUAACGAGAGGGAAGAUCUGUACUCCCUCUCUGUAAGGGGAAAAGAUUCUGUGAAACACUUCCACAUUGAACAUACAGGAACUUCAUUCAAAUUCGGAUUUAAUGAAUUUUCUAGCUUGAAGGAAUUAGUCAUGCAUUUUGCAAAUCAGCCUUUAAUUGGAAGCGAAACAGGAACCUUAAUCGUACUGAAGCACCCCUACCCACGGGAGGUGGAAGAACCUUCCAUUUAUGAGUCUGUCCGAGUUCACACAGCGAUGCAGACAGGAAGGACAGAAAGUGAUCUUGUUCCAAAUGCUCCCUCACUUGGUACAAAAGAAGGAUAUUUGAUAAAACAAGGCAAAAUAGUCAAGAAUUGGAAGACAAGGUGGUUUACACUGCAUAGGAAUGAACUUAAGUAUUUCAAAGACCAGACAGCCACAGAACCAAUCCGUGCACUUGACUUAACUGAAUGCUCAGCUGUGCAAUUUGACUAUUCCCAGGAAAGAGUUAAUUGUUUCUGUCUAGUGUUCCCACUAAGGACGUACUACCUCUGCGCGAAAACUGGAAUAGAAGCUGACGAGUGGAUUAAAAUACUGCGGUGGAAACUGUCACAGAUACGGAAGCAACUGGAGCAGCGUGAGGCCACCCUCAGCUCCUAGCGGUUGCCCCCGUGGCAGGAGCUGCUGCUUUGCGGAAGGGGAAGGUGUUGCUUACCAGAGGGUGGUCUCAGGUGUCUCCGUGACUGGCAGCGGGCACGUGUGUGGGUCUGUGCCUGCAGAUGGGUGCUCACCUCCAGCUCUGCAUCCACAGAGCUCCUACAGCCCAGCUCUCUCUGGCUGUUA